CUGGUCUCGAACUUCCAUUCUUCAUCUCUUUUCGUUGACUUGGCGAUGUCUGCGAUCAGCGCCCUGCGCAAGCUCGAACAGCAGCAGCAAGCCCCCGCGACGGGCGGCCUCCAUGCUAUGAUGAUGCAGCGCAUGAAGCAGGCCGGCGAGUGGGCCACGUGGUUCAAGAAGCAAUUGAUCAAGUUGGCGCACAAGGGCGGCCGCUUCACGUGGAUCAUCUCGACGACGAUGCUGUUCACGGUCAUCCCGCUCGGCAUUGAGAUCAUGCGCGAAGCCGACGUUAAGGAGAUGGAGGCCCUCCGCGUGCAGUCGCUCAAGGCCCAGGGCUUUUCUGCGAUCCAGAUUGCCAACAUGGGCUACCAAGACCCGAACGCGCCCUCGCUAUCUGAAGCGUUGCAAUAAGCCUGUUAGAGACCGUCAAUACUAUACACAUCAUCAUAUGCA